AUGCCGAGUCUCUUCUCCCGCCUCAAGGGCAAAGAUGGUGGCAAGCUCAAGUCUAAGAAGGGCGCCAACCACGACGCCCUCGCCGACCUCCAGCCCCUGAAACCGAAAUGGGAUGACGCCUACACCAGGAGUACCAUUGAGCCAGAGGAAAUCCAGGAUCUCAUGAGGCGUGCCACGGAGGAGCUCAAGGCUCGAGCCCUCGAUCUUCCAUUCCUACUUCUACCUUUUCGCCCGACGUCGGACCCGAGCGCCGUGCGCACCUUUGUCCGACACUUCUUCGAUGGCAACCAACGCGGCGAGGCAUUGGCGCAAGAGCUGCGCAUGACCGAGCCCAUGGUCAUUGCCGGCGUCAUGAAAUGGUGCUGGAGCAGACUCCAAGGCGGUGUGGUCGGCUGGGACGCCUAUGAACUCUUCAAGGUUGGCGAGCAAGACUCCAACAUGGCGCGCGACUCAUUCAAGACGUUCAUUCCUCUCAGCGUUGACAACGGCGCGCGAUCAUGCAUCAUUUUUGAUUUUUUUGAUCUCAUCUCCGCGAUUGCCGCCCAUGGCAAGAUGAACGGCCUGGGCGGCCGCAAGCUCUCACGUAUGGCUGCAUGGUGGGCCUUCGAGCAGAAGGACACGGGCAGCGGCUUUGAGGGCGGUUACAAGUCCUGGUCGAGUGCUGCUGACGCCACGAGUCACCUUUUCUUCGCCUAUCUCAGAUCCGUCGCGCCACAGCAGUCCAAGGGAGGCAUCUCGAUGCUGCCCAUGUCUCUGCAGAAGCUGCUGCAGGAGACCGAGUAUCCACCGCAGCGACCCUCACUGAUGCAGACGUCUACGAACAAGGUUGUCAUGAUUGUUGAUACGGUGUCACCCACCCCUUUCGCCCUACUGCGCCGCGCCAACCACUUCCACUUCCGUGAUGAGGAUCGCGCGCUUCAAGAGUUCUCCGACUUUGAGGACCCCAUCCGAGCCCUGACUGAGGAGUGCCGACGAGUUCUUAAGUCCAUCUCAUCUGCCAACCAGAGCCAGGUCUCCAGCUCAAAACAUUCUACAGGCCUUCGAGACGCCUCCUGGUCACGCUUCGAGGACAUCGGUUUCGCCAGUACGCUUGAGGAUGAUGAGGAAGACGAGGACUCGGCACUUGCCCGGCGACCUCGACAGGGUCUGAGGACAACCCCUGCGUCCGGCGCCGUAGACAUGGGAAGGCCCACGACACCAUCAUGGGCCGACUUCUUGUCCUCUGGAUUCGUGGACGACGGCCAGAACACUCGCACGAACCACCUGCUGCCACCCGACAAGGUCCUUCCCCCUAUCGAGACCAACGUCAGGCAGAGGAGCUCUCAGUCACACCACCCGAGGCUGGAGACCGAACGUCAGCUGGAGCCAGGAGAGCUGGCGAGCAUCACGCGCUUUGAUCUGGAUGAGGCUUUCUGGUGGGUCUGGAUGAGCAGUCUGGCCCCUGAAGAGACCCCCGAGAGGAAAUCAGCCUUUGGCCGCUGCGCCGUCAUUGAGACUGUGAUAAAAUCCGGACGAUGGCUGGUGAUGGAAGAGAUGGUUGUCGGAGCAGCCCCUGAGCCUCAGGAAGGCGCCUACCUCGCCGAGAAGAAGAGCUUCUUCAGCUGGACCAGACGCAACAAGGGCGUCAAGCGCGCCAAGUCUACUGCUGGCAAGCACGUACUGGACGGAAAUGGAGACACCGUGGGGGUGAGCAAGGCCAGUCUUGGUCCUGAUCAGCAGGCCCGCAUCGCCGCCGCCGCCGCACAAUUGCAAGCUCGGCAGAAUCAGGAGCAACAGCAGCGUCUUCUCGAACGUAGGGGCCGCAAUGGUCCCGAGCAACUCAAGGACAAGACAAACAGCAUCAUGACGCUGCAGCCGGUCAUCAUGAAGGAGGCUUCGCCAGCAAUGAAGUGGGCGAACAAGUACGACAAGGACACUAUUCGCGAGGCGUAUCUGAACAACAACGGCGCUGGCCGAGGGAACAUCACAUCGUCGGCGACAUUCAACGGUUUCAGCAGCCCCCUGAGUCACAACGGCUUUGCUAGCGACCACGACCAAGAGCAGCGUCCCCAGGUACCUGAAAAGUCCCCCUCCUUGUUGCCACAGCCGUCCCCGCUCCCCCAGCCAUCACCUGCUAUGCGCUCUAGCCACCGGAGAUCAGAUGACGAAGAGCCCCAGCUCUCGGAGAAGGAGCUUGAAGCACCCCAAGACCUUCAUCCCACCGACCGUGGCGAGGCGGGGCGCAGCUCCCCAAUGCCGCCCCCCAAGGAAUCGGUAGAAGACUGGCCCCGGGAGGCCAUGGUCUCCCCUGAACCUGAAGACAGCAAGAAGCACAAGAAGUUGCAGAAGGACAAGUCUGCCAGCAGCGGUCUCCGAAAGUUCUUCGGUCGUAAGGGCCGUAGCUCCAAGUUGCCCGAGAAUGCGUCAACGGAUCUCAACGAGCUCCUCCGACAGCAAGAGCAGCCCGUGCCUGACACUGGCAGAGCCACGCCUCAGCCUGUUCAGCCGCCUCAACCGGCGCAACCCGCUCAGCCCGAGCCCGCCAUGCCGGCGCCGACUCCUGUCGAGGAUUUCGUCACACCGCUCGAGAACCCGCAGCAAACACCGAUCCAGAGCCCCAAGGGCCCACAUGAGGACACCUUGUCUCGUGUUGACACUGCCGAUGCCAACGAGGCUCGUCAGGAGUUCUCCCGUUUCGACCAAGGUCCUCUCGAUGAUCAACCCGCCUUCGUUCCCGAUGAUGAGUCCGAGGACGCAGUGCCGCCCCCUAUUGCCCGCCACGGCCGGGAAUCCACGUCACCUCCCGCCGAGCCCGAGACGCCCACUGCCAAGGAGGCACCGGUCCGGAGGAUUCCCGUGCAGAGGGCUCCCGAGGAGCCGCAGGUCCCCCCGGCGAUUGACCGAUGGGCUCAGAUCCGCAAGAACGCUGCGGAACGUGCCGCUCAACGACAGAGCGAAGAGAAGAGCCGUGGUGGCUACAGCAAGACGACUGACGGCGAUGACGACACGAGCGGUGAAGAGACUAUCGAGUCUCGAGUCGCACGUAUCAAGGCGCGCGUUGCUGAGCUGACGGGCAACAUGGAGGGCACCACGAGCCCUACGCCUAAUCCCACCUACGCAUCACGCUGA